ACGUUUCGCGAGGCAGUUGCUCGUUUCGCUAUAUUUCGUGUAGCAAACUACGUUUUUAUUAUAAUAAAUUGGCAUAUUGAUUCGCUGGCUGCCUAUGUGAGUGAGUGAUUGACUGACUGACUGACUGAUUGAGUUACUAAGCUGCAAUCAUGUCGAACUUCACAGUAGUUCGUCUGACCAAAGUUCAGCCCUAUCUGCUCACGGUGGGCAGCAGUUAUGCGGCCCUGGCCAAUGUGGACGGUUUCUAUGCCAAGGCCCUGGACCCCAGCGGGAGCUAUGACAAUCGCACGGCAGACAGCAGGCUGGCGCUGUUUGAGGAAGAGAACUCCAGCUAUCGAUCCACCUCGACCAUUGUGCUAAUGGUUUCCGCCUGGACACUACUGAUUUUGGGCUUUGUCUUCUGCUGCUGUGCCGAGUGCUGUGGCGUCAGCGUCUGGAGGGGCAAGAAGCGUUCUACCAUUGAGGCACUCAAUGGCGCAGAGCGCGGAGGAGACGGUGGAGGUGGUUCUGGUGCUGGUCCUGGUCCUGGUUCUAGACCUGCUUCUGGUGGAGGUGGAGGUGGAGCUGCAGCCAGCACUGGUGGUAGUGGUAGUGGGAGUGGCCACCAUCAGCUGAGCGCAGGUGAGAGCAAAAUUGAGAGAUUCCCCCUAGCGAUAAUAAGAGACAGAGAGAGACAGCAUGCGGAAGUCAUCGCGAUGCAUCGGCUUGGAUACCAAUUCUGGCGUUGA